UCACCGGUUUUCUUUACAGAGGACUCCAUGGAAACAGAACAAAAUAUAAGCAGAUAUAAUGUAUUGAUCAUGGGCAUUGACGCAGUUUCACGAUUAAAUUUUUAUAGAACCAUGCCUAAAACCUUAAAUUAUUUAAAAAAGAAAGGUGCUAUUGAAUUUUUAGGCUAUAACAAAGUUGGGGAUAAUACGUUUCCAAAUUUAACACCAAUGUUGCUAGGUAUCAAAUAUACUGACUUAAAAAAUACUUGUUGGCCUAACUCUAGAGCCAGUUUCGACCAUUGUCCGUUCAUUUGGAAUUGGUACAAAGAUGUCGGUUACUAUACUGCAUUCGGCGAAGACAAUGCAGGAUUAGGCAUAUUUAAUUAUGGAAAACUUGGUUUCACUGGUACCCCUACCGAUUACUACAUACACACUUUUAUGUAUGAAAGCGAACUACACGUGGGGAAUCAAAAAGACUUCAAUACAUACAUAUGCAUAGGUGACAAAUAUUUAUAUAAAGUUCUAUUGGACUACAUUGAAGGUUUGACUGUGGAACUAAAAUCGGACAACUUCUUUGGGUUCUUUUGGGAGGCUACUAUGACUCAUGAUUAUUUGCACUACCCAAAAAUAAUGGACGAUGACUACGAGAUAUUCCUAGAGAAUCUCGACAACAACAAAUACCUAGAUCAAACCAUUUUAAUAUUAUUAAGCGAUCAUGGUAUACGUUGGGGAGACAUACGAUUCACAAAGCAAGGUCGGCUGGAAGAACGAUUGCCUUUAUUUCACAUUUUGUUACCACCAUCAUUCCGCGAAACGUAUAGCCUAGCAUAUAAUAAUAUGAAAACUAACAGGCGCCGGUUGACAACACCAUUCGACGUGCAUGCAACACUUCUGGAUCUCAUCAACCUUAACGAAUUAGACAACGAAAGAAUCAAACGAAGAAGCAAUGAAUACUAUGCCUCCGAUAGAAGCAUAAGUUUAUUCUUGCCAAUACCUACCAACCGCACUUGUAAGACAGCUGAGAUCGCCGACCAUUGGUGUACUUGUCAUAAAUCCCACCGAGUACCGACGGAUAGCAUUGAGGGUCAGGAAGCGGCUCUACAUCUAGAGCAACAUUUGAAUAAGCUAUUACAUGAUUAUCCGCAAUGUGCACAACUCCAAGUGACUGAGAUUAUAGAAAUGAUUCAGAUGGAUGCAGGCACACCAGAUCAAGGUGAGGUUGGAUGGGAAGAGUUCAUGGUUGUGGUACGCACACAGCCUGGCGGCGCUGUAUUCGAAGCAACACUACGACAUGAUUAUGACGAGUGGGUGCUAGCAGGCACAGUCAGUCGACUCAACUUGUAUGGCGAGCAGAGUCGCUGCGUCCAUCACUAUCAGCUUAAAUUGUAUUGUUAUUGUCAAUAGCCACUAAUGUAACGCAAUAAAAACAGCUGUGAUAUUAUAAAAGAGAUGCUAUGAUAAGGAAAAUUUAUGUAAUGGUAAUAUGUGAAUAGGAAACAAAGACGGAGGUUAACCUAAGAUAAUACUGAGUAAAUUUGGUUUUGCGUUAUGUAACAGGCGAUGUGUUGCUCAAGUUUACCACGGCCUAAUUUUAUUUUUGAUGAUUUAGAAGAAGUAAGUGCAUUUAUGAAAAUGUAUACGCAGUACGGGUUUUAAUGUAAAUGACAAACUAGAAACUUUAUUCCUUUUAGAUUAUUAUUAAUAUCUCAAUAUGAACAUCGAUAGGUUCCCCACAUCACCUGGAACAAAAAAAAUAGCUUGAUCCUGCUCUACGUGUAGCUAACUUCGAAAAUCGAUUGUCGUCGUGACAUCAGGAUUUUGGAUUGUUAAAGUUAAACAGGCAUGAAUAUGAAAUAAAAUGAAGCUUUAUAGAUGACUAGGAUUGUGAGACAGUAUUUAAAAAUUGAUUUAAUAAUUAUAUAAUUUUAACGCUCUUCAUGCGUAUAAUACGCAUUAGGUUCGACCAUAUCCCACCGAUACUUAAUUUCCACAUGUAUGUUCCUAUACACAGGUAUCUACAUGUAGAAGUUAAACCCUCACAGUAUCUUCCUUAAAAUAUUACAUAUCUAUUAUCUAUAUAUCUUGUACGUAUCUCUAGUUUAGAUUUUUUCGUGAUUUCCAAAUUUUAAUGACUGAAAAUAAUUUUAAAAUACUGUUACGGGGUUUCGCUAGAGUCAAAACUUAUAUCAACAGAAUAUAUCACUGUACUAAUUAGAUUUCGUAGUAUUAUUAUACAUAGUUUAAUAGUAGGUUAAAUGUGCCAUGCAAUAUUUACAUAGAUUAAUUUGUAAAAUUAGAAAUAAUCGUGUUGAGAAUAGCUACAUAUCACGACAUAACAUUGACUACGUUUAGUUACAAUUUAUAAAGCAUUCAAUUAGAAUGUAACACUUUUGUAGACUCAAAUGUAAGAUAGAUAGAUAGGUACUUGAUAUAAAGUAAUUGAAGAUGAAAAUUUUGUGAAUAAGUAUAUAUUAAUAAACAAAUAAAGGUCUUCGAAAUUUUACCUUAUUUA